CCGGACCAGGGCAGCGGCGGACCCGCGAUGCCGGCGAUGCCCGCCGAGGCGGCGGCGCACGGGGCGCCGGUGCGGCAGUACAUCAAUGGCAAGAUCACGGGGGUGUUGCUGGAGGGUAUGAAGAUUGUUGCGAAGGAGCAGCCGAAAGACCCAUUGCGCGUGUUGGGGGAGUUCCUCCUUCAACGUUCUAAGGAGAUCGAGGGGACUGGUUCGUCUUGACUACGGGGUAUUUGGCAGGGCUAUUAUCGAGGAUACAUGGUUAUGGGAGAGAGUUGGCCGAAAUAGGUAGGGACGGAAUGGGAAAAGCGACUUCCAGCAUGAGUUUUAUAGCAAGAGGCGCCGAGGUGCUUGUCACGGAAUAUUGAUCUGUGGAGAUACCACUAUCACGAUAGCAGUCAAAGGAUUCUCAUCACUGGUCGAUUGAUACUCUUUAAGACCAUUUUAUGUCCCGG